AUGAAGAGCUUUAUUGAAAGAGAUUUGAUUAUUAAUCACGAGGACACAGAGUUAAGGUUGGGAUUACCUGGAAAUAAUGAUGAACACUCAUGCAAUAUUGGAUCUAUUGUUAGAAGCAACAAGAGAUCUUUUUCACCGGAAACAAGUGUUGAAGAGUCUUCCAUUUGCAAUGCUUCUAGUCCCUCAACCACAUGCGGUGUUCAACAACCUUCAAAGGUACAAGUAGUUGGAUGGCCACCAAUUAGAUCGUUUAGGAAGAACAGUUUACAACAAAAGAAAGAUGAAGAAGGAAGUGGAAUGUACGUGAAAGUGAGCAUGGCUGGUGCACCUUACUUGAGAAAGAUAGAUCUCAAACUUUACAAAAACUAUUCAGAACUUCUCAUAGCUUUGGAAAAUUUGUUCAACUGCACAUUUGGUAAGAAUCAUUCAGGUGAACAUGCUCCUACGUAUGAGGACAAGGAUGGUGAUUGGAUGCUGGUUGGAGACGUUCCAUGGAACAUGUUCGUAUCCUCGUGCAAGAGGCUAAAGAUAGUGAAAAGACCAGAGACAAUGGGGUUGGCAUGUUUACGGCCAUUCAAAUUAAUUCAAGCUUGCUAG